AUGGGCGCCAUCGCAAAAUCAUGUGCUGAGCAAGGUAUCCGAUGGCACAUGAUACCACCCCGAGCACCACACUUUGGCGGUCUCUGGGAGGCUGCCGUGAAGACUGCAAAACGUCAUCUGUUUCGUCACCUUGGGAGCACACGCCUUUCCUUCGAGGGCUACUAUACGGUGCUGCAUCAGAUCGAGGCUGCCAUGAAUUCUCGUCCUCUAUUGCCGGUAUCUGAUGAUCCUAAUGAUUUAGCUGCACUAACCCCGUCUCAUUUUUUAAUAGGCACGUCCAUGGUUGCCUUGCCAGAUCCCGAUUUCCAACACGUACCUAUGAACACUUACGAGCACCUGCAGAAGCUUCAACUACUAGUGCAGAAGUUUUGGAAGCACUGGCAGAAGGAGUAUCUCCAGGAAAUGCAGAAG